CUGCGCAAAUACCAGCACAGAACCAACAGCCGACUGGUGAUUUCGUUUCAAUCUCUUCAAACACUUCCAGGUACCUUUCUGUUAGCAGCUGCUCCUACUACUACCAACUACUUACCGUUUACUACUAGUACCAACUGAUUACUAGUACCUGUUGAUUGCUAGUCCAACUGCUUACUGCUCGUAUCACCACCAGCACCACCACUACCACCAACACCAUGAUCAGAUUGAUAGCCCCCCGUGCUGUGCCGACUGUCACGCGCAGAGCCGUCCUCGCGUACCGUUUCAACUCUAUCAAAACAAACUUCCACCGCCCAGACCAGGCAGGCUCCCACGUCCCUGCAGACGCAGCCGACGCAACCGCCACCAUCCUUGCAGACCAGCAGGACAACAAGAUGCCCAACAAGGCCACCUGGGUGGAUGCGUUGCGCGAGCGUGAGAAGCAAUUGGCUGAAGGCAAGGUGCUAGACAGCUACAGCUACGUGACGCCCAAAACCACCGAGGUGGGCGAAAAGACCCGUGGCGACUCGUUCUCGUUCUUGACGUUGCCGUUCAAGGAGGACAAGUGGCUCUGCGACGCCUACAUCAACGCAUAUGGCCGUUUGCGCGCAGGGCAGCUUUUCCAAGACUUGGACGCUUUGGCAGGACGCAUUGCCUACAGACACUGUUCCCCUGCAGAACCUGUCAACGUCACUGCCAGUGUUGACAGAAUUUACAUGGUCAAAAAGGUCGACGAAAUCAGCAACUACAACUUCGUGUUGGCUGGUGCCGUCACCUGGACAGGAAGGUCCUCGAUGGAAAUCACCGUCAGAGGCUAUGCGUUCGAAGACCAGCUCCCUGAAAAUAUCACUGAAGACACCUUACCCGAACUGAACAUCUUUUUGACUGCCAACUUCACGUUUGUGGCCAGAAACCCUCUCACCCACAAAUCGUUUGCAAUCAACAGAUUGAUCCCCAUCAGCGAAAAGGAAUGGAUUGACUACAGAAGAGCCGAGUCCCACAACGCCAAGAAGAAGCUUGCCGCAAAGAGCCAACGUUUCAUCGAACCCAGCGACGAAGAAAACAGACUUAUCAACGAUAUGUGGAAGUCUUCCAAGACCUUGGACUCCACGCCAAAAGGAGUUAGUUUCAUGAAGAACACCACCCUCAAGUCCACCCUUUUCAUGCAGCCCCAAUACAGAAACAGACAUUCCUACAUGAUUUUCGGUGGCUACUUGUUGAGACAGUCUUUUGAAUUGGCCUACUGUGCCUCGGCUGCAUUUGCUGGCACUGGUCCCAGAUUCGUCUCUUUGGACUCUACCACUUUCAAGGCUCCAGUUCCCGUGGGUGCUAUUUUAUCCAUGGAAGCAACUGUGGCCUACACUGAGCACAUCCAUGAUGUUGGCGAGACUGAAGCUGACUCCCCCUUCAACUUCACCCUUCCCGCAACCAACAAGAUUUCUCCCAGCUCUGACGCAUUCUUGUCUGAGCCUGGUACUCUUGUGCAAGUAAAGGUUGACACCUCCAUCCAGAAUGUGGAAGAGGACGGCAAGACUGAAUCUGGUACAUUCAUCUAUUCAUUCUUCGUUCCAAAGAACUCCAAUGGUGACGAAGACCCAGGAUACUGCUCUAUCAUCCCUCAAACGUACACCGAAAUGAUGCACUACGUUGAGGGAAGAAGAAGAGCUCAAGAUACUGCCCAAUACGUAGGCACCUUACCAAAGUACUAGAUUGGUUCUAGAUAAAAUCUCAACAAUGUAAAUCACCUUUAACUGCGGCCACAAGGUAUUGUGUUUGCCGACUG